UCUGCUGAAGGCUGAGGCAGCCGGACACCUGACUGCUCUGCUGCAGACAUUACUUUUUUCCCCUUUUUUACUUGGAUAUAAAUGACUGAUUGCCAAAUGGUUUCCUCUGAUUUUACCGCGGAUGAGAAGAUGGAGAUAGAGAGUAUCAAAAUGUACAAGAAAGACCUUCUGGAUGACAUCCAGAAGCUGAAGUUGGAGAUAGACAGCGUCAUGGCAGGCAUACUCAGCUUUGAGUCUGCAGAGGAAAACAAGACUAUAGAAAAAAACAAACAGUUCUCAAAUGGGAAGAAGAAAUUCAACAUGGACCCCAAAAAGGGCAUCAACUUCUUGGUGGAAAGCAGACUACUGGAUGGAAGUCCUCAGUCUAUUGCAGAGUUUCUGUACAAGGAGGAAGGACUCAACAAGACGGCCAUUGGAGAAUUCCUCGGAGAAAGGGAUGAGCUCCAUCUGCAAACCCUGAAGGCAUUUGUGGAACUGCAUGAGUUCUCUGACCUCAACCUGGUUCAGGCCCUCAGGCAGUUUCUGUGGAGUUUUCGCCUGCCAGGUGAAGCUCAGAAGAUUGACCGAAUGAUGGAGGCUUUUGCCACCCGCUACUGUAACUGCAACACUCAUGUCUUCCAGUCCACCGACACAUGCUACAUCCUGUCUUUUGCCAUCAUCAUGCUUAACACCAGCCUUCACAACCCCAACGUGAAGGACAAAACCACACUGGAGCGUUUCAUCUCCAUGAACAGAGGCAUCAACAAUGGAGAGGACCUGCCUAACGAUCUGCUCUCGAAACUGUAUGAGAGCAUACGCAACGAGCCUUUCAAAAUCCCGGAAGAUGACGGAAACGACCUGACACACACCUUUUUCAACCCCGACAGAGAAGGCUGGCUUCUCAAACUUGGAGGGCGGGUCAAGACGUGGAAGAGGAGAUGGUUCAUCCUGACAGACAACUGCCUCUACUACUUUGAGUUCACCACUGAUAAAGAGCCCAGAGGUAUCAUCCCACUAGAGAAUCUUUGCGUGAGAGAAGUGCCAUACCCUCGCAAACCGUACUGUCUGGAGCUGUACAACCCCAACAGCCGAGGGCAGAAGAUCAAAGCGUGUAAAACAGAGACAGACGGCAGAGUGGUGGAGGGGAAACACCAGUCUUACACCAUCUGUGCCUCCAGUGCCGAGGAGAGAGACUCCUGGAUCGAGGCCAUCAGAGCAAGUAUCACCAAGGAUCCCUUUUAUGACUUGGUUUCAGUCCGAAAGAGGAAGGUGAUCAACCAAACCCCUCAGGACUGAGCAGUGCUGUGCCCUCCCAGGGGCUGUCUACCUUUCCGUUUGUUUUUAAACUUUUUUUAAAAACUUGUUGCAAUGCAGCAAAAUCAAGGCACGAGGCUGAAUGGAAACCACUGCCCGUGGAUGGGAAGGCUAAAAGAGGGACAUGUCUUUCCACUUCUCUUUUACAGACUAUGAGAAAUCAGCGUCCAACGUUAAAAAAAAAGUAGACAAAAAUAGUUUUGAAAGUAUUAGCAUGAGGUGCCUUAAAGGCUAUGCAGACAGUAAAAUUCGGUGGAUUGUAAUUACUUUUCAAAGAAUUUCUGUUAGUGGAACUUGUUAUGCCUUCUGUAAAGAGAAGUUGAUAUUUUUUUUAUCCUAGCCUGUAUGAUUUAAAUUUUCAGUUCUAAGAGGCUGAUUGAGCUUGUGAUGCAUCAACAGUUCCACGGAUGCUAUAAAAAAGCACUCGUUCUACUUCAGCUACUGUUUCUCAUAUGCCAAAGAAAAAGUAACAGCCACACUUCUGUCUACUUAGGUUGAGUUAUGAGAACUUUUUUAGAUUGAGCAUCAGAUGAAUGUUAUUGGCUCUCAAGAACUUUGGCUUUAUGAUGACAUUUUUGGAAUAGUGCCAACAAUGUCUCGUGAUUUAUAUCAUUUUUGGUUUGUACUUUAUAGUGUCUUGGAAUUUUGUUUUAACCUGCUAAAUUCUGUCUUGUUUGUUUAUUUGAAAGUGCAAUAUGUGUUAUAUAUUCAUGUGCCUCAUUAUGAAAUUGUGUACACUGUAACAUUAAUGAUCUUUUAACUAUACCUUGUGAUGUGUAACAUUUACUACUGUCUAACGUUCCCAUUGUACAGAAUUUAUUUUUGAUCCAUUCUGAUAAUAAAGCU